UUCCGUCUAAUCCAUAUUAUCUCAUCACUUACCAGCUUAACCGAAGAACUAAGCUUAGUUUCUUCGGCCAUUCAUUUCCCGUCUGCGCGCGACGACCUUGACGAGCGUUGCGCGUGGUUAAAACACCGCAAUCAUGCCGCCUAAAAAGAAGGAACAGCAGCAGAAGAUGAGCCUUGGGGCUUUUCUGCAGGAAGAGAGAUACGGUGGAUCGUGGGCUGAUGAAGUUGAAGACUCCUUCGGCUCCCAGCCUUUGCCCUCUACUGAGCGACGCACUGGUUAUUCUAGUUACGGAGGCUCGGGUAAUGAUCGGGGCUAUUCUCGCGAUUCCUACGCAACUCAGGGUCCCGCCCAGCUCCCGACUAAGCCCCCUUACACCGCUCAUCUGGGAAAUCUAUCCUACGAAGCUACAAACGAGUCUGUUACCGACUUUUUUGAGGGCUGCGAUAUUACCAGUGUCCGAAUCAUCGAAGACCGAAUCGAACAACGCCCAAAAGGCUUUGCUUAUGCAGAGUUUGCGAAUGUUGAGGGUCUGAAGAAGGCCUUGACUCUCGACGGAACUAGCUUCCAAGGCCGCACCAUCAAGAUCAAGAUCGCUGACCCUCCUAAGGACCGAGACAACCGUGGCGGCGAGUCCGCUCGCGACCUCAGUAGCUGGGAACGAAAAGGACCUCUGGCAGACCUACCGACUCGUAGUAACGAUCGACGUCCUGCCGAGUUCGGAGAGCGCCGAGCACCUACUUUCCGAGACGCACCCGCUGAUGAUGGAAAGGUUCGUGAUUUUGGCAACUGGGAGCGCAAGGGGCCCCUAUCACCACUUCCCCAGCCUGAACGCCCCGAGGGAUCGCGAGAUAGCAGCCGCCCCCGAACCCACGAUGCUAACCGCGAUUCCUUCCGAAAGGAUCGUAGGGCAUCACCGGCUACCUGGGGUGAAGGUCGCCAGGAAGGCUCCCGGCCUCCUAGAGAAUUCAAAGAUAGACCCGAGCGCCCGGAGCGCCCGGAGCGCACUCCAACGGCUGCUGAGCGCGAUAAUCAGUGGCGCAGCAAUAUGCGGCCCGACCCUCCCGUGAAGUCUCCUGAACGAUCUCGUGAUGGAUCUGAGGCACCCUCAUCCCCUGCUGCUGGGUCCAUCGCUGGCUCAGCUGCUGCUCCCCCUGCCCCCGCAGGUCGUCCCCGACUCAACUUACAGAAGCGAACUGUAUCUGAGUCUCCAGAUGUGGCAUCUCCUGGACUGCCAUCCGCGAGUGGCGAUUCUAAAGCGAGCCCCUUCGGUGCCGCUCGUCCUAUUGAUACGGCGGCGAAAGAGCGUGAGAUCGCAGAGAAACGGGAACAACAGUUGAAAGAGAAAAGAGAGGCGGAAGAGAAGGCAAAGGAAGAGCGACGUCUUGCUAAGGAGGCCGCAGCAAAGGAGGCCGCGGAGAAAGCUGCUGCCGAGGUAGAGAAAGCAAAGGCUGAACCAGUCGAGGAAAAGACAGAGGUCGCAGCCGAGGCAAAGGAGGAACCAAAGGAUGGAGGUGCGCAGAACGGUGGGGCUACGGAGCAAAAGGUACCAGUUAGAUCUAAAGAAGGUGCUCCUAAUACCAAGUCCAGAGCAGCCGAGAGCGGUAACUGGAGAACAUCAUCGGGAGAGCAGCGCCAGGGUCGUGGCGGGUAUGUCAACGCCUCACGAGGCCGUGGUGAUGCUCGAGGACGCGGUGGUGCACCACGAGGACCUCGAGGAAAUUACGAGGGCAGAGGUGGUCGAGCAAACGGCCAUUCGGAACCUCGUUCUCCUCAACAGCCUGUUCAACCUUCAUCACCUGCUCCGGAAGCUGAAGCCGCUCCGGCUGCGGACCCUGAUGGUUGGACUACGGUACCAGCAAAGGGCCGUGCUCGACGCACUUAGGCAAUCCUAGCACUGUACAAAAACUUUUUCAGAUCUUCCAUGCUCAGGCUCGUGGGAGGGGGGAGUUCAUUGGCACACCAUAAUAUCAUGGACUUGCAAUACGAAGAAAACUUGUGACCCCUUUUUCUUUUCGCCAUUACCCCCUUUUUAUUACUCAUUGUGACAACUGCACUACUGUUACGUACUUACGAGUUAGGAGUUUAAUCUACUUGUUGCGUCUUUCGCCUCCCAUGCCCUA